CACUCAGUCGACGGGGUACCUGAAACCCGGGGCUUCCACUCUCAACCAGCGCUUCACCGCUAACCACAAGAGCAGCAAGAUAUGGCGACUGAAAUUAACUUCUGUGUUGUGAACCUGGCGUUUCUGCUCGUGUUCGUGUCGGUUGUUGCCUCCGAUCCGGCUGAGCAGAUGAAGACGGUGGAGUUCAACGUUAAACCCGGAGGAGUGGUGUACACUUUCUCCGAGGGAAUAAGGGAUUAUGAAUGCUCAUUCACUUAUGCUUCACAAGGGGGAACCAAUGAGCAAUGGCUGAUGAGUGUAGGUCUCAGUGAUGAUGACAGACUGUUUUCCUGUUCUGUGUGGAGACCUCAGGGGAAAUCGUACCUGUUUUUCACCCAGUUCAAAGCUGAACUGAAGGGAACCAAAAUUGAAUAUGCCAACGCAUAUUCACAGACAGCGGCGGCAGGACAGAGUGAUGUGCCUUUGAAGCCGGAGGAAUUUACCGUAGGAGACUCAACAGUGACCCACAAUGAUGGAAAAUUCAACGCUCAACUCUCCAAACUGACCGCCAUCGGAAAGACGCGACACGAUGAGCUGUAAUUGAUCAGAAGUUGGACUCGGCUUUGGUCAUGUUUCGACCAAUCGGAGCAACUUGUUGAGCUGAGUCGGUCCUCUGUUCCAGCUCAGCGGUCAAUGAAGGAUGGAUGUCGGAGACUUUUUCCCGAGUGACAACCAAAAUUUGAAGUAGGAUGACACUGAUAUCACCUUUGCAGCACUGUGUGUCAGUACAAUAAUUACCUGGUAUUUUUGUACCAUAAUGGAUUUAUGCUACUUGGGACAAAAAGAAUAAAACAGCGAGGUGACAGUUGAUUAUCUUGUUUGUUUGUUUGUUUUUACAUAAUAUCCUAGUUUAAAUUCUGCCAUAAGUUAAAGUGCUUCCAUAGUUGUUUCUUAGUUUCUGAGGCUGUAAGAUUUCCAGAGAAUAAAUCUGCCCUGAUCCACUGGGGACGAAUGUGAAUGUAUAGAGGUUCGGUGUUUGGGGGUUUGUAGAGUAUAGAUAACAUAUUUAGAGUAGGGAGGGAUUUAUCCAUCUUGUGUAAUCCUGAGAAGAAAGUGACUAAUCCCAAAUAUCGUCAUUGCACAAACAUAAACAAUUACAUUUUCCUCAGUCUCGUUCUGUUGUGAGCUGCUGUUGAGAGGUCGUCAUCUCUCUCUCUGUUUCUCUUCAUCUGUUCCACAUUACUGAAAGCACCACAUUCGAUCCCCCCGAAAAAAAUCACAGAUCAGUAUUAUUUGUGAUAAGUUUUUGUGGUGUUCUUGUUUUUGGCCCGAAGCAAUACUUGUAAUUGAGCAGAUAACAGCUUCAUCAUAUGGUGUUAAGAGAAUAAUAAAUAGUGUACACUGAAGAUCAUGUUUUUGAACACACUGUAUGGCAUUUUUGGAUAAAGCUCAAAGAAUAUAUAAUAAGUGUAAAAUAAUAUGUAAAUUAAAUAGAAAAUAUAAGAAGGCAUGAAGUUUCCAAAGUCCCGAGAGAUAAUCUUUUUUUUGUGCAACAAACUGAACAUAGUUCACACACAUCAGAAAGUCUUAUUGAUCAGCAAAUCAGAUCAAAGACUCUGUCUGCACGAGAACCAAGAAAUAAACCCCACAGUCGAUCACUUGAACUCAUUUUCUGAUGUUUUGGUCCUUAGACCUUUAUCGAGUAAUAUGCAGAUUUUACAUGAACAUCUGAGGACCCAAAAAUCAAUAAUAAAGUGAGUACAAGUGAUCAACAGUGUCUGAUUUCCUGCUUCUUGCACAUUAGACAAAAAUGCAUCAAUGUUUUGGACAUGUGGAGCUCUUUAGGGAGAAAUAACUUGAAUUAGUCACAUUUUAUUAGAAAUAUCAUCACCGUCAGUACACACCUGUAGCUGGCAACAGUGUUCACAAAAAUCCCUUAUUUCUUUCAUGUUCUUGGGUACUGUUUUCUAAUUUUAGGUUAUUUUAGUGAACCUUCAGUGGCAUUGUGUACAAUGUGACCAAAAAGCUAAAACAGUGAGUGCACAGACGUGGCUCUUGAACUUUCAUCCUUCACAGUCACGUGUGGAUCAGCGAGGAUAUUGUGCAUGUUUCAGAAGUGCAUCAUUAUUAUAGGCCUCCCCCCUCCCUCCUCUCCCUGCUCUUAUGUAGCGAGUAGGAUUGCCUUUAUCUUCCUUACACUGAUCCAACCCGCUUAGAUCCAGAGGAUGAGUUCUGGGGAUUGAUUUCAGAUUUGAGGAUUGUGCUGAUUUGAUUCUGCGGUCGGAUUACUUUCUGAGGUUCGUACCUUGUUUGGUCUCGGUUUGGUUUCUCUCAUCUGUCUAGAUGUGAUCCCCUGGAGUUUGGGAAAUGCUCAGCAGGGAUGUUUGUGUGUCCCUUUUGUCACCAUCGAGGCUUCCUCCGGGAUCACAACAGGAAAUAAGCACGUCCAGAUCCUGACCCGGAGUGGAAAAAACACACGAGAUGUUACUUAUUUUGUACAUGUUUUCUUUUUUCUACUUCUUGAUUGUUCUGAUUCAUGAUGAAAUGUGAUGGAUGUUUCAAUAAAGACAUGUUGUCACCGUU